AUGGAGAACACAAGGGGCAUGCAGCUUGCAUCAUCCGGAAUGAACUUUUCAGCCGCUCCAGCAGCUGCCAUAUGGUGGAAUAUGUGUCCCAUCGGCGCGCAAGAAUUCCAGGGAUCUGCCAACGAGACACUCCCCACCCAGAAUCACGAGCCCCUCGCCGAUGUGCUUGAGGAAAUCGGACUCGGGUCUACGAACGAUUCUCACUUCGUCGUAGACCUAAAGGCAUUCCUGGAUUCAAUUGGCGACCGGCCAAUCUUCAGCCAUCAUAUGCUUUUCAAUGCCGCAAUUCAUCAAUACCGAGCUCACCACAAUCAGACCAUUGUCUUGACGAAUUGCUAUGGCAAGUCGGUAUCCAUCGAUUUCGGUGGUGCAGUCAAGCCCGGUCAAGUUGCUGUUUUGGAGUACAAGGGAAUUCACGCGCUCGCCAUCGAUUCGUAG